AUGCCCAGCCUGGACGACAGUUGUAAACCCACCAUGACCGCUAAGUUCCUGCGCGCCACUGCAGCCCACUUACUUUCUCGUUUGCAACAGGGAUCGUCGCACCCGCCAAUUGAACUCGUAUACAUACCCCACAAACAAUGGCCACUCCCUCAUCCCCUCGUUGAUAAACCACCGACCAAGCGCCCAGUCAGAAUCUCUAUCCUAGAUUCGUCCUUCAACCCGCCAACGGUAGCACACCUCGCGCUCGCCAACUCUCCACGUCCGAAUCGAACAGCAGAUGAUGAUAGUGAUUAUGAUGCCAAACUUCUCCUCCUCUCAGUGAAGAAUGCGGACAAGACUUUAAAGCCUGGUGAUGCAACCUAUCUCCAACGGCUGGAAAUGAUGGCACUGCUCGCCAAAGACAUAGUUACGCACAAUCCCUCCGUCUCUUCACAAGCCGAGGACAAUAAAUUGAUCCCAGAAGAGUUAGCGAACGUUGCCAUCGCAAUAACGGAUGAACCUACCUUCGUAGGCAAGUCCAAAAACUUGCUUGACUUCCUCAAGCAACGAUACCCUUCACUCGCACCCUCUCCACACCCCGACACUCAAUUGACCUUCCUGCUCGGUCUUGACACUCUCCAACGCCUGUUUUCACCCAAAUACUACCCGUCCGAAAAAGCCAUGAUAGACGUCAUGAACACGUUUCUUUCGCCUGAGGGAGAUAACUCUCGAGUAGUCUGCGCACGACGGGUCUCCCUGCAACCUUCAACACCGCCGAAAGGUGGAGAGCCCGUUGCGCCAGAGGAUGCGCUUGCUCUCGCUCAAGACUUCAUCACCUCGGAACGAAUAUUCCUGAUAAAUAUUGGUGACAAUGAGAGCAAGUACAGUUCGAGCGCCGUACGAAACUCGAUCGCUCGUUUGGGGUUUGGGGCCAGUGGAAAGGAAGGCGAUGUGUGGAAACAGUAUGUGCCACGGGGGGUUGCUGAUUAUAUCACGCAGGAGGGACUUUACGUGGACUGA